CCACAUAAUGAGUUUGUUGUCCAUGGUGUUAAUGAUGGUGAUUUUAGAGAUGCCAUUUUUGAAUGUAUAUUGCAUCCAGGCUCUGUACGAACACCCGGCGUGCCCUGUUAUCAUUUACUGCUCUCUGCAACCUCAAGGUAUAGCAGUUCUUUUGUUUUCAUUUUAUUUUUAUCUAUUAAAUUUUUAAAAUGUUUAUUUAUUUAUUUUUUUAACGUUUUAUUUAUUUUUGAGACAGGGAGAGACAGAGCAUGAACAGGGGAGGGUCAGAGAGAGGGAGACACAGAAUCUGAAACAGGCUCCAGGCUCCGAGCUGUCAGCACAGAGCCCGACGCGGGGCUCGAACUCACAGACCGCGAGCUCACGACCUGAGCCGAAGUCGGCCGCUCAACCGACUGAGUCAUCCAGGCGCCCCUAAAAUGUUUAUUUUUAAGAGAGAGAGAGAGAGUGAGAGAGCGCCUGAGUGGAGGAGGGGCAGAGAGAGAGGGAGACAGUGAAUCCAAAGCAAACUCCAGGCUCUGAGCUGUCAGCACAGAGCCUGACGCGGGCUUCGAACCCGCAAACUGUGAGAUCAUCACCUGAGCCGAAGUUGGACACUUAACUGACUGAGCUACCCAGGCGCUCCCAUUUUCAUUUUAUAAAUAAGAAGAUUGAGGCUUUGAGAAGUUGUUCACAGAGGAAGGCAGAGGAAGGAUUCACACCCAGAUAAGCCUCCGUGACAGUAUAGUGCGGUGAAGCCCACAGCAUCUGUAUAGCAAGACUGCCUGGGUGCAAGCCCCAGCUCGGCCACUUCCUAGCUGAGCAUGCUUCUGUGGGUUGCUCAUAUGUGUUUCACUUUCUUCCUCUGCAAAAGGGGGAUGAAAACAGCCGUCUACUUCAAGGGGAUAAUGUGAGGAUUAAACGAGCUGAUAUACGUAAAGCACUUAGGAACGUGCUUGGCAAAAACUGCAUGUGACCCAGGGAUUUGCUCUUAUCACCCCUGUCUGUGUUCUUGGCCAUCACGUUUUACUCUGAAAAGGUCCCCAUUUGACUCGUCACUUACAGAAGCAACUUUGCCUUCUUGAACUAAAACUGGGAGAGAGAAAAGGAGGGGGCAGCUUCCAGAUCAACCCAGGAAUCUACUCCCCAGUAUUUCUUAUAUCUCGUAUAUCUGGGUGUCUCUUCCUCUGACACUUAAACGUUCUCCCUUAAUUCUUAUCAUACUGAACAUCAGGUUUCCAGCAAGUUGGAAGAUUUAGCUACUUUAAGGAGGCCUAUGUUUCCAGGAGAGUAAUAGAUUGCUGGUGGGUAGGCUUAGUGUAAGUUUUUUGUUUAAAAUUUUUUAUAAAUGUUUAUUUUUGAGAGAGAGAGAGAAUAAGUGGGGGGUGAGGGGCAGAGAGAGAGGGAGACACAGAAUCCGAAGCAGGCUCCAGGAUCUGAGCUGUCAGCACAGAGCCCUAUGCGGGGCUCAAACCCACGAACCACGAGAUCAUGACCUAAGGCAAAGUUGGACGCUUAACUGACUGAGCCACCCAGGUGCCCCAGGUUUUUGUUUAAAACCAGGGUAGGCAUAGGCAUUUUCUUACUAUCACUAAGAGAAGAAAGGGUGAGUAGGAAUAUUCUGCCUUGUAGCUGGUUAAGAGGGAGCAUCUGUUCUUCCUGCCCCUGGAGCUUCCUUUAAUGAAUAAGCAGAUACUCAUUACUUAAUAGAAUCUUCCACAGAUGCUCAACAAACUUUUACUUUAAAGGAAGUCCUUCCUACAGAUGCGGAAGGACUAGUAGCUUUUAACUAGAAGGAUUGCACUGAGCCCAGGGAAAGCAAAACCAGAAGCAUAUAAAACGUGUAAAGCAAGGGGGCAAGAGUAAUUUAAGUUUGGCCUCCUGGACAUGAUGCUGCCCACAGCACGGGUUCUGAGUGGGAGGGGUGAGCAGGGAAAGAACCAGGAAGCUGGGGAGGUCUUCAGCUGCAGCCAAUCAGCUUGUCUCAGAUUUGCUUCUGUUUUACAUCGGUUUGUGUUGCCAUCAGAAACACUGACAGAAAGUGUAGCAAGCUUCAUUGAAAAGUUCAAGAAAAAAGACUGAAUUCAAAGGAUGUGGACUAAACAUGCAGAGUUUUCAGGAGAUCCUAAAUGUUCAUGGUUUUCUCAGGUGCCAUUGCAUCUGUGUGGAACCAUCCUGAAAAUUGUCAGAGGCAUACUCUAGUGGAAAAUCAAGGUCUGCCAAAUGUUCAGUUUUAGCAGUAAUGAAACUAAUAUUUAGUUGUUUUCACGUAAGAACUUAGAAAUCUACUGCCCAGUGAUGCAAAAGUCAACAAUAGACAUAUGCUCAUAUUUUGUGGUUAACAAAGUGAAUUGAUACAAAAAUAUUGGAAUGGAAAGAGUUAAGAGGGACAAAGGGAAGCGAGUGUGUCUGAAGAAAAUCUGGCAGCACCUUCCCCCACCCUGUAAUUAGUUCUCUUAUGGUUGUGUUUUUCUCUUGACUUUAUAGGCAAUACCGUACCUGCAUUCUCAUUGUCCUUGGGCUAUAUGGAAAUGCCACACAAUAUCACAGAGUUUUUCAUGCUGGGACUCUCACAGAAGCCAGAGAUACAGAGAGUCCUCUUUGUGGUUUUUUUGAUCAUCUAUGUGGUCACCGUGUGUGACAACAUGCUUAUUGUGGUCACCAUUACCUCCAGUCCCACCCUGGCUUCCCCCAUGUAUUUUUUCUUGGCCAAUCUGUCCUUUAUUGAUACCUGUUAUUCUUCCUCUAUGGCCCCUAAACUCAUUGCGGACUCCUUGUGUGAGGGGAGAGCCAUCUCUUUUGAGGGUUGCAUGGCUCAGCUCUUUGGGGCCCAUUUCUUGGGAGGUGUUGAGAUUAUUCUGCUCACGGUCAUGGCCUAUGACCGCUACGUGGCCAUCUGCGAGCCUCUGCACUACACGACCACCAUGACCAAGCAUCUCUGUGCCCUGCUGGUGGGGGUGGCUUGGCUGGGGGGCUUCCUGCAUUCACUGGUUCAGCUCCUCCUGGUCCUUCAGCUGCCCUUCUGUGGGCCUAAUGUGAUCAAUCACUUUGUCUGCGACCUGUACCCCUUGCUGGAGCUCGCCUGCACCGACACAUAUGUCAUUGGCGUCCUGGUGGUGGCCAACAGUGGUGUGAUCUGCCUGUUGAACUUCCUCAUGCUGGCUGCCUCCUACAUUGUCAUCCUGCGUUCCUUGAGGUGCCACGGUGCCGAGGGGAGGCGCAAAGCCCUCUCCACCUGUGGGGCCCACUUCACUGUUGUUGCCCUGUUCUUUGUGCCUUGUAUAUUUACUUAUAUGCGGCCAUCGUCUACUUGGUCCAUGGACAAAAACAUGGCAGUAUUUUAUGGUAUUCUGACGCCUAUGCUGAAUCCACUCAUUUACACCCUGAGAAAUGAAGACGUAAAAAAUGCCAUGAGAAAGCUCUUCAUUCAGUAAGAAACUACAUGUAUGUAAUGAGUGGUAAAGCAGGAAGUGGAAAUGACUUUAUUUCUGUAAGUGUAACAAACCAAAACUCGUUCUGACUACUGAAUAUCACCUUAUUCCGUUAUGUCUAUCUGUUCGUCUUCAUAGGCUUUUAGGGUUUAGUCUUUUUACCUGAAUUGCAUAGUUUGGUUAUAAAACAACGGUAUAAGACGUAUGUGGCAUGAAUCAUUAUUAUCCCUGUUUUAGAAAUGAAGAAACUUUGUCUCUUGAUGUGAUUGGUUAAUCAAGGUUAUCUGGCUGUGAAGUACCUAAGCCAAUACCCCAAAUCGGUUGUUUUUGGUCCAUCAUUCAGCCCUUUCACUAGCGAUCCAUGGUAUAUCAUUCCAGUCUGUGUGAUAAUGGAGCUGUAGAAAUGUGAGGCAAAAUACAACGUAAGGCAAAUAACUUCUUGCUUAGCUGUGGCUAGCAGUCUGUAUGCAUCCAGGCAGGCUUCUCUUCCUUCUUAUCACCCUGUAUGACAUCCCUGGCAUAGCUGCUGUUCUAGAAGACCUUUGCUUUGGAGACAGAUCAACCUGAGUUUCCGUCCUAUUUCCCGUGCUUACUUGUGGCACGACCUUGAGAAAGUGACUAAACAUCUAGCAGCCUCUGAUGCCUGUCUUUAAAAUAAAGAUACAGAUAAUACAUAUCUAAAGUGUUACUGUGAGAAUUAAAUUAGAAAAUCGAUGUCAAAUUCAGAAUCCAGUUUCUGGCACAUAUUCCCACAACGUUUUAUUUUAUAUGUUCCUCAACCUUUCCCUAAUCUUCCAUACAGAGGCUGCCUUCCUUCACUUUUCUAUCUCUACUAGGUGUGAAAAUAAUGCUGUGCUUAGAGUAGAUGACUUUGUUUUUGGCCAGUGAUUAUUUUUCCUAACUCCCUGCUUCAGAUUCCAAGGGAUGCUGGGGUUCUGGAAUCUGAAAUGUACAUCCGUGUUUGCUCUGUUCUUUUCCUAGUUUUAUGAACUCUGACGAGACCCUUUCUCAGGCUUCAUUCUUUAAGAGUGUAGGCUCUCAUAAUUUCCAAAAAGCUUUUGUUUCACAAUAUGUAAUUCACCAUGUUGCAACAUACCCACUUUUUAUGCUUGUACCAAAAAAGAAACUAGAAGUUAAUAUGAAAGUUUGUCUACUACAAGUAUUCACAGUUAGUCUCCAAGAACUGAUUCAGGAGCUCAUUAGGAAAUAGUUACUGCUUUACCCUCAAACCUCUAUGUCUCACAAAAAUAACAGUUGCCGAGUUCUUAGGGAAAAUAAAUGUUGCCUUCUUUCAUUUUGUCGCAUUCUGAUAGUCUAGUUAAAAAAUUAGGUAUAAGGAGGGGUGCCUGGGUGGCUCAGGUCUGACUUUGGCUCAGGUCAUGAUUUAGUGGUUUGUGGGUUUGAGCCCCGCAUUGGGUUCUGUGCUGACAGCAGAAAGCUCAGAGCCUGUUUCAGAUUCUGUGUCUCCCUCUCUCUCUGCCCCUCUCCUGCUCAUGCUCUGUCUCUCUCUGUCUCUCAACAAUAAAUAAAUGUUAAAAAAAAUUUAAAAAACUAGGUAUAACGAGACCUUGAAUUUUAUACCUAUUCAUUUCUGCUGUUAAGAUAAUAAAAGUAUGAUUGAGCCUGUAUUCCAAUUAGCAAAUAAAUAUGAAACCAUGGUGAGGGUCACUAAAAACAGCCUAUUGUUUUCUCGAAUUUGCCACAAUUUUAUCUAAAGGAGACUUUCUAGAAAAGCAUACUUACUUCAGUUGAAAUUUGAUAAGCACCUUUUAGUACAGUUACCAACUAGCAUAAUGAACUGAUCCAAGUGCUCCCCCCACUUUUUUUAAAUCCCUUGUUUUUAUUGCCUGAGUCAUGAUUAAUAAUGGCCCAACCAACUUACAAGUGCUUAUUUUUGAAAACAUUUAAACUUGCUAGAAUAAAUACAUGAGUAAAUAUCACCAGAAGUUUUCUAUAUGAUUUCAAAAUUAUUACUAAUCUUGUUCACAAAGGUAGCGGUGUCUCCAUCUUGGAGUCUAUGAUAAAAACUCUUUCUCCCCAAAUACAUAUUUAUUUUAAAAUUC